AUGAAGCUGACCGCCAACGUGCACAUCACAGCCAAUACUGACAUCCACCAUCUGUACCCAAUCUUCGCUUUCGUUGUCGGCGACACAAUAGUUCCGAUAGCAGCCAUGAUAUUUCGCGCCAAGUCCAGAUCCGCAACAACAGAAGCACCGACCCCGGGUCUAAUGUCAACGAGAAACGGCAUCACUGUCGAUGUGACGAGCAUGAAGCCCACACCGAACAAGAACGCCCCGAUGAGAGGAGUUAUCCAGGAUGCUUUCCGAUCGAUCAACCAGCCGUAG